CCGCAGAGAUGUUACUGUACCGAAUCUGGGCCGGCUUGUCGCGGUCCACAUACGCCCCUCCUUUGUUGCCGCCUCGGUUUGAGGCUCUCAGUGCCGCCGUCGCUUCUGGCAUCGCGACUUGAUAAUCGAUGAUAAAUGUUAAGAUAAGUCUUUAGAACAAGAAGAGAUGGACUCCGGAGCUGAAACACGGCGGUUCAGCGGCGGAUGGACUCAGAUUAAAGUAUCUCCACCCGGUCCCAGUCAGAACCUUCCAGAGACACCGGCUGCUGCGUAGCGAAGAAGGACCCGGCUGUUAGACUACCCGGCGCUUGGGGAUGACGUUUGCAGACAUCAUGCGUUGAUCGCCGAUGUGACAGAAUGGAUUCACGCUGAUUUUUAAAUUCUGGAGCCAUGCUGCCGCUGAAGGAAAAGGAUAAACCCAUCGUCCAGAAGCUGCUGUCGGCCGGCUGCUGCGCUCGCUGCGUCCUCAGGUUCUGCUGUGUGAGCGUUCAGGCUGCCUACCGACGACCCCAACAGGAUACACUCAAUGAACUUCAAGCUUUCAUCAGCAAUACAGAGAACAGCAAAUCCCAAGAUGCAGCAGCAGAGUCUACAGAGGGAAACAACAAAUCCCAUGAUGCAGCUGAAUCAGAACCACCUGAUGACCCACCGAGUAAAAGAGCUAAACUGGAGCCCAGUGUGCCCGACGCUCCGUCAGAGGAGGACACUGCUGCUUCUGUCAAACUGAAGGACGGAGAGUCGUGUGUGUGCGUGGUGUGUUUGGGGAUCCUGCAGGAACUCUGUGGCACGACCCAGGCGGUAAAGAUAGCGGAGGCUGUGAAGGCAGAAAAGUACGAGUUUGACACCCUGGUGCUGUCUGUCUCUCUGCCUGCUCAGCUGUGCGUCCGCGAGCACUCCUGUUGGCUUCAUGUGAAGAAGGAGUUGAGAGAGAAGAGCGUUGCACUCGACAAGGACGACGUCAUCCAGGUGAAGGAGGCCUUCAAGUGGAUCCUUCAGGGACAAGUCGCCAAGGAGCUGGGGGGCGUUGCUGUGGUUACCAGGAGUUUGUUCGAGGUCGGCGUGGAGUUCACUCACCCAGAGACGGACGCUGACUGCCACUUCCUUUCAUCAACAUGUCCUGACUGCUUCAAACCCACCAAGAACAAACAGUCGGUGUUCACCAGGAUGGCGGUGGUCAAAGCUCUGGAAAAGAUAUCUGACGCCAAAUUUCUGAAACACUCCCCUUGUCCACCAGCAGCGGCGACCAGCAGUUGCAUCCCUCAGGAUGUCCAGUGUCUCCACGUGUCUGUCUUUGUGGCAGGGAGGUACAACAAGUUCUGCCGCAGUCUGCCUCAGACUCCCUGGGUGAUCGAUGGGGAGAGGAGGAUGGAGUCGUCGGUGGAGGAGCUGAUCGCAGCGCCCAUCCUGUCUUCCUUCAGAGCCAGCGGAUUUAAUUUCUCCUCGUCUGGCAGGGAGGAUGUGGAUGUCCGGACUCUUGGAAACGGUCGUCCGUUUGCGAUGGAGCUGCUGAAUCCUCACAAAUCCAGAUUGAGCAAAGCGGAGAUGAAGCAGCUACAGGAGACCAUUAACAACUCUUCCGACAAAAUCCGAGUGAGAGACCUGCAGAUCGUUACCAGAGAGGCCAUGAGUCGGAUGAAGGAGGGAGAGGAGGAGAAAACCAAGUCGUACACGGCGCUGAUCUGGACCCAGAAACCCAUCCAGAGCGAAGACCUCACCUUCCUCGACGACAUCAAGGAUCUGACUCUGGACCAGAAGACUCCUCUGAGGGUUUUGCACCGGCGGGCGCUGGCCGUUCGUCAGCGCGUCAUCCACAACAUGAACACCCGCUUCCUGGACUCUCAUCACUUCUACCUGGGGCUGAAGACACAGGCCGGGACUUACAUCAAAGAGUUCGUCCACGGAGACUUUGGUCGCACCAAACCCAACUUGUGUGAGCUGCUGAAGACAGAAACCGACAUCCUGGAGCUGGACGUGGAGUCUGUGGACGUGGACUGGCCUCCGUCCAUACCAGAGUGAACGCUGCCGCCGGCCUCGUCCUGUAUCUGAGAGGCCACAGGUUCGAUCUCGGUGAGAGCGAACUGCUUCCGUCAGCAGCCGAUGACGUGGGAGCGUUACACCAAACCAUCGACCAGGAUCAGAGUGUCUGAGACUGAAACCAUGACGUGGUGUGGACGCUGGUUGGAGCUGAAGAGGAAACCAUGAACUCCAGUCAGAUAGCCCUGCUGGCUGCUUUGUGACACCUGGUCUGUUGAUGUUUUGGUUCUGGAUUCUGAUCAAAACGCAUCAAACGUGACCGUGUCUUCAGUUGUAUCACAGAAAAUGUUUAGUAAUACUUUCUCGUGAUCUUAUUCUGUUGUGUAGUUUCUGGCAAGUCACAUGCUAGAUUUUUAUUUUGAUCGUAUGGAUGAAAAAUGGAAAAACAACUUGUGUUCUUUGCUCGUUACCACCAAAAUGUCUAUUUUGUUCUGAGGGUGGCACCAGAGGUAAAUCAAGAGGGUUCAUCCUGUGUAUGGUGGCCAUUUUAGGACAUUUCAGCUAGUCAGGCUCAGUUCUACAUGUUUAGACUCAGCUGUACUUUGUUUCAUGUAGCUCCAUCUGCAGUCUCAGCACCGUUCUCCAUGAUUCAGUAGCAUAUCGUUUCUGAGGCAAACCGUAAAAUCCAAACAAUGUAUUUUUAACUGUUAUCCAAGCUGUGUGCUUCCAAUGCUGGCAAAACAAAACAACAUAUUUCAACAACCUACUUCAUGACAAAAUGUAAAAAUAAUGUUUUGAUUUUCACCUCCAGGGUUUGCAUAGGGAAGAGAGCUGAGGACUACCAUAUUCGCAUGCUGUUAUGCACGAGCGAUGCUAACAUUAGCAUGCUAAAUUAACAUUAUUGUUGCAUGGUGGAAAUCAAUUCAAUCUCUGUAUUUCCAUGCAACCGCAAAGCAACUGACAAAGUAGACAUAAUGUCCACAUCAUGUACCUCAACCAAGUUUCAAAUGUCUGCUAAUUAUUUUUCACAACAAAAUGAACUGAAAACAAAUUAAGACAGAAAAUAAAACCACAAUCAGAAAUUUAAAAUCUGUAGCAAAUACGAUGACAAAUACUAGAAACAACAGUCUCUUUAUAUUUUGAGAGGUGUUAAUCUGAAUAAAUCAGAUUCUAUGUGGGUCUCAAACUUCCAAUACUUUUCCAUAUAAACCAGAGUACAGAAAACUGUCAAAUAAUGGGAGUCGACACUGAAUGUGUGGACAGAUUAUUGAUCUUCAUUUAGUCUUUGGUAUGCUAUUCUGAUUUAAAAUUAAAACUUUGCCACUUUGAGACUUUUAUUUUGGCGAAGUUCCUGUAAAGGCUGAUUAGACAACAUUUACACAUUUGAGAACGUUUGCUUCUUUUGUUCUAUGAAAAAAAGUUAAUAUUGCUCAAAAUUAUUGUAUCAAAAAGGAUCUUUUUGGUGUCAAAUCUCAGGUUUCAUAAUGACACUUGCUCCAGUGGGAUGCUGGAAAAAGGUCACCUCUAAUGUGAAGUACAUGCAGGUUAUAUAUUAGCAAGUUUUGUUAUGUUGGAUACAGAGUUGAGGAGUAAUGAACUUCAGUCUGUUUUUGUUUUCCUUGAAUUUGGCCUGAAACACAGCCGUGACAGAUUUUCUUUAAAUAAAUCUGGACUUGACAAAAACCAAGACGCCAUUUUUUUUUUCUCUCCACGCUGAUGGUCAUUGCCUCCGACAGGCAGAGAAGAUCCAGAAACGGCUGAAAUAAAGAGUCACAACAGCAGAAACCCUGAAAUGUAUUUCUUUUAAUUUAAUUCAAAAUAAAUACUACCACGCCAAUGCAAGUCCACUACUGGGUUCUUGCCCUAAUGUUUUGGUAAGAAAACAAACAAGCAAACGAUCCAAAAAAGAAUAAAAAGAGACUUCAGUUAAUGCAUCCAUCAUCAUCAUCCUUCAACGACUUUCAAGAGGUGCCUUUUUUUAACGACAUACAAGGAAACACUGCCUAGAAUGACAAACAUAAAUAAAACAAAUACUAUGGUACAAAAAAAAGGAGGAGCAAGGGAUGAUGGGAUUGGAACAACCUGAUGAAACCAGCACUGCAAAAGAAAAAAAGUAAAAAAUGUCAGCCACGGUCCCACUUUUUGUAUUUUUGUCCUUUUUUUUUUUUUUUUUUUUUUUUUUUAAAGGGUGAAGGGAAACAAACGACAGUGCAGGCUCCACAGUUACAGUCAUGUCCUCAGAAAUUUGGGAGUCGAUCCAUUUUGGGGUCCAUGGCGACAAAAGGAAGGCAGGGGGGAGGGGGGGUUGUCUUCAUGGAAACACCCUCCGUGGACGAUAACUAGUCGAGUCCGUGUAUCAACGCAGAAAAAAAUAUAUAUAUAAAUGGAAGGGUCCAGUCUUUGACGCUGUCUUUUUUUUAAAAUUAUUUCUUCUUUUUAAAUGCAGUUUUUGAAUCGUGGUUGUUGUUGUUAUUCUCAUCAGCAAGCUUGAAGUACAGUCACACGGGUAAAGGAAAAAGUUUGUCUCGUCCGUCAAGAUGCCACUAAAGAUCCCAAAAAAAUAAAAAUAAAAAUAAAAAUAAAAAGGCAUUGCAUAUUUA